AUGGAAACCGAUAAUUUGUCGUUAAACGAUCGUUUAGAACGAGGGCCUAAUUUGAUUCCGAUGUUGUUUGAUGUUCUAGUUAAGUUUCGAACUAAGGUCAUUGCACUUACUGCUGAUAUCGAGAAAGCCUUUCUUCAGAUAGGUAUUAAACAGGAGGACCGUGAUUUUCUCAGGUUUUUGUGGUAUGAUGAGCCACAGUCUGCAAAUCGCUCGAUUGUCCAGCUGCGUUAUGCGCGUUUGCCCUUUGGCCUACGGCCGUCCCCUGCUGUUUUGGGAAGUGUUUUGUUGCAACAUGUGUCAUCAUACCAAGAGAAAAACCCUGAGAUUGUCAAGGUACUCAAGGGUUUAUUUGUUGACGAUCUGUCAACGGGUGGAGAGACAGUAGACAAGGCUUACGAAAUUUAUCAACAGUCAAAACAGGUAAUGAAGGAAGGAAAUUUUAACCUUCGUAAAUGGAAUUCGAAUUCGCAGGAGUUAAUAGAACGCAUCCGAAAAUCUGAAGGUCAAGCAACAACCGGGGGGUCAGACCCAAAGUUAGGCGAAGAGGAUCAGUCUUACGUACAAUCGUGUAUAGGUCUUAGUGCAGAUAAUGAAACUGUGAAAAUAUUAGGGUUGCACUGGAACUCCUCGUCGGAUGAAAUCUGUUAUGAUUUUACGGAGAUUACGCAAUUAGCUAAAACGCUUCCAGCAACUAAACGUUCACUGCUAAGAUUAACCGCUAAAAUAUUCGAUCCGUUAGGAAUUUUGAGCGUAUUUACGGUUAGAAUGAAGGCCAUGUUUCAAUCGUUAUGUUUACAGAAAGUAGCUUGGGAUGAGGAAUUACAGGGAAGUGCUAGGUUAGAAUUUAAUGCAUUUCUUUCCAAGCUACAACAGUUAAGUAAGGUUAGAAUACCAAGGUGUCUUAUCAACGGGUUGAGUGUACGCUCAUAUCAGAUUCACGGCUUCUCGGACGCUAGCGAGCAAGCCUAUGCUUGUGUCGUUUAUUUGCGCACAGAAUAUGAAAACGGAGAGGUAGAUUGUAGAAUUAUUGUGUCGAAAGCAAGAGUAGCACCCAUCAAACAGGUAACUAUCCCGAAAUUAGAGUUGAUGGGGGCCCUGUUAUUAGCAGAGUUGAUGGAUACAAUUCGUACUGUUUUGCUUGAAGAAUUAGAUCCGGCGAAAAUCACAAGUUUUUAUUGGGUGGAUUCCUUAGUAGCACUCUGCUGGAUAAAAAACAGUAAGCCCUGGAAACAGUUUGUAAGGAACCGGGUCCACAAAAUUCUAGAACUAACAGACAGGUCAGAAUGGAAGUUUUGUCCAGGUGUCUUAAACCCAGCAGAUUUACCCUCGCGCGGGCUUUGCGGAAAGGACCUUUCAAGGAAUGUGUUUUGGUUUGAAGGUCCCGAGUUCUUGAAGCAAAGAAUUGAAUUGUGGCCAUCCAUUGAUAUAACUGACAAGGAAGCCCACGAAAUUGCCUUGAAGGAGGAAGCCAACAAUUCUCACAUGAUAACACACACGUUGUCUAGUUCGACGGAUGUUUUGAGUAUACAGAAUUUAGUAAACAUAGAACGAUUUGGGAGUAAACGUAAGCUUCUUGGCACCCUGGCUUGGGUUUUCAGAUUCGUAGGAAACUGUAAAGCAUCGUUAACUAACCAAACCCCCGAUUUAAAUGAGGAGUUAAGAAACGAAGAAAUUGAACGAGCAGAAUACAAAUUGUUAAGUUACAUUCAAAGAGAAGAAUUUUCAGAAGAGUAUGAAUAUUUGCGUGGUAAAAUGGUAACCAAGCCUCCUUUAAAAGUUAAGCAAUUCAAUUUGUUUUUAGAUAACAACGGCGUAAUAAGAGCGAGAUCUCGGAUAACCAACGCUUCUGUUCCAGAUUCUACGAAAACGCCAAUUUUGUUACGUCCCUAUAACUGGUAUUCAAAAUUUUGUGCUCGUAGAGGAUUGCCGCGUAAAUUAUAUAGCGACAACGCUAAGACGUUUAAGGCUGCUUCUAAAGAGGUAAAGCAGAUUCUUAAUUCGAAAAACGUGAAAAGCAUGAUCGUAGAUAAAGGCGUCGAUUGGGAAUUCAUAGUACCAAAAAGCCCAUGGAUGGGUGGAGCCUGGGAAAGAUUAAUCAGAUCGGUGUAA